AUGUCGCGGUGGAUGUACUUUUUGUUUUUGUGCGUCGCAGUGGGCGCGACAGAACACGGUAACGACGAAUGGUUGGAGGUGAACAUUGAACAAGGUCCUGUACGCGGACAACUGGAUUCAGGUGGAGAACUAUGGACUUUUCUGAAUAUACCUUACGCCACGGCACCGACGGGUAAACACAAAUUUAAGGCUCCUCUUCCACCGCCCACAUGGACUAAAACAUAUGAUGCUGUCGACAGAAGGAUUAUAUGCCCUCAAUUUGUAUGGAAUAAAGAAAACAAGGAUCCUCACUUUCGUUAUGAAAACCCGAGCGAUGUGACUGAACUUACUACACUCGACUCAUGA